AUGUCCUUCUUCUUCGGCAAAGCCCCGCCCAAGCCCGCGCCGCCCGUUCAUACGGGCGCUUCCUCGGAGCUCAUGCGACUGCGAGGCCGUCAGAUCGCGAGCCUUGUCCGGGCCGGGGGCCAAGCCAUCAACCACGAGCAAUCGAUCUUCGACGUCGUCGUGCGCCUCGCCGACGCGCGCUCGCUCACAUUGCGAAUCUCGCUGCCCGACGAGUUUCCGAUGCAAGCCCCAUUGAUCCAAACGACGUCGCGCGUGCAGCAUAGCUGGCUCGACGCGCAAUGCCGCGUCGUCGGCCACAUUGACCUCGCAAGCUGGGGCGUCCAUGCCGACCUGGGGCGCAUCGUAAAUGACAUUUUGAGCGAGUUCCAGCGAAACCCACCGGUCGUCGCGGGGCGCGUGACGUCGACACCGCCGCCGGCGUACCACGCACCUGUGUCGCCGGCCUACACGCAGCCGUUCUACCCUUCGUCGUCGGGCGCGGCCUCGUAUGCGACGCCAUACAACAACAAUACGAGCCAAAGCUCGUCGUACACGCGCGAGAAGACGCCGCCGCCGCUCAAGGCGCGCGACCCAUACAUGCACACGCAGACGCCGGCCAUUCCGACGUCGUUUCCUGAACUCGACGAGCUCUCCAUUACGCAACUGGAGAAACUCGUGAGCGACCGCCAAGCGCUCAAAGCGUACAUCCGCAACAUGGACGCCGUCAUCAACUUUAUGAAGCUGUACGACGACCUUGUCAAAGGAAACGCCGAGCUCGCGGAGAAGAACCUGAGCUACGAGGGGACGCUGGCGACGCUGCAGAUGGACAUCCAGAGCCUCAAAUCGCAGGUCCAGGCCGCGCAAGAAGUCCUGAGCCUCAAGCAAGUGCGGCAGCAAGAGAUCCUCUCGCGCGUGCGAGGCGACGUGCUCGUGGCGCGGGUGACGCAAGCCGCGGACGAAGUUGACGAGGCGACCGAGGACAUUGGCAGCCGCUUCACGAAUGGCGAGAUGGACGUCAGCCAGUUCCUCGCCGAGUUCCUCCCAAGCCGAAAGCUGUACCACCAGCGCAUGGCCAAAGUCGAGCGCUUCAACCAGCAGCAGCAAUAG